AUGAAAGGGGACAUGGAUCUUUUUGUUUUGCCCAAUAACAACCAUCCUGACAAAUUCCUGCUAGUUGACGUGAAGUCUUUAAUGAGGAGCUCAAACCUUGUGCAGGCUAGCCUCGCGAGAUUUCCGGGUGGAAAUUUCCCUGCUACACAACACUGGCAAAAUCUUGUCUACUCCCAGAGAGAAAAGACCAUCCCCCAUCAAGGAGCUAAGGGAUCUGGUGGGGAGAGUCCAGUCCUCCCUGACAAUCCUCCACCAUCCAUGUCUUCAGUCACGAAGAAUAACCCGUUAUAUGGUGAUGUAAGCUUGGAAGAAGCUAUGGAAGAGAGAAAAAAGAAUCCUUCGUGGACCAUUGAGGAAUAUGACAAACGUUCUGUGCAUACAAAUCUCUCUGGCCAACUGAAGGAAAACCCCAAUGACCUGCGUUUUUGGUUGGGGGAUAUGUACACUCCAGGCUUUGACACUUUGCUGAAAAAAAAGAAGAAACGCAACAAGCGAUCAAAAUUAUGUCACAUGGGUCUGAUUUUACUCAUUGUGGCCUCCAUCUUGGUUACCAUAGUGACUCUCAGCACUUUAUUCACCUAA